AUGUCUAUAUGUCAUGAUAAAAUCACACUUUUUAAUGAGUAUGUAGGUGAAUGUAUCAUCACUUCUACGAUACUACCUGCCGAGAACGCCGUACAUCCCAGCAAGCCUCUGAUUUCCUCAUCUGCCUGCCCUGAGCCUGGCGUUGUCGUCUUUCAACCGACAGACUCCACCAGCCCCAUAUCCGUCGUCAGCCGGCGGCCUGUCGGCGGCCUCGGAAUCAACACGACGGAGCUGGUAACGCCGCUGCCUAGUCGUUGUGCCGAGACAACUUCCUGCCAGCGACAUUGCCAAAUGACAUUCGAGUGCCAUCGACCAGGUUCCAGUCGUUGGCCGGCCGAUCCUUUGGCAUCUGCACGACUCCCCUCCACCCCCUCGACACCCUCUGAUUCAUCAUCGCCAUCCUCUGGCCCAGCGACUGGCAUCAAGGGCAUAUGUCAAGUCAAAAGAAAUGUGGGUUGGAGCACCGUUCUGCCAGAGUCGAGUGCCCACAGGCCAUCUAUCAGACAGCUCUUCAGUGGACAGUCGCUAUAUCCUCCUACUCGAAACUUAACGAUGCUCAAAAAUCCUUUUCUUGAUUGGACACGCCGCCUUUACGACAGCGUGGUACAGACAGGACUCCGCUAA